AUGGACGGCCUCUCAGUAGUCGCAUCCUGCAUCGCUGUAAUCCAAGCUGCAGAUCAAACCUACAAGAUCAUAUCGCAGUUUGCAAGAGAUUGUAAAGACGCGAAGGGUGACUUGGCCGCUGUCAGCCAAGAGCUGUCCACCUUGACAAGAACUCUGACACAGUUGAAGGAUCUGGUGCCCGAUGGCAGUGACUUCUCAGAUAGUGACUUGACCAAUAAUACUAAAAGGAACAUCCGCGACAUUGUCGGAAGUUUCUUGGCAGUCGCCUGCGAGACAAAGGAGGUUCUUUCGGGCCAUGAGGGAGGCUCGCGGCAUUGA